AUGGGGAGCAUCGGAGAAACGCAGCUGCGCUGGGCCAUCCUGGGCUUCCUCCUGCUCCAAGGUAAGAGGCACCCACCACUGUCCUUCAGCAGUUCCUCUCCAAGGGCCGGCAGUUCUGGUCAAAGUUCAACCACACAGCCAACUUCCCCUGAAACAAGUGAGUGUCCUUCCACAGAGGCCAACAGCUUAAGCCCUCUGUCCGACACCUGGACCACAGCAGCAUCAGAGAUGCCCUCACAGAUCUCCACAGAAGCCGUGACUCUGAGUUCAAGCACCGUGGCUGGUCACUUGCCGUCCUCUCCGGGACUGACUUGGUCCCAGUCACAGAAACACAUGUCAGGACUCAACACCUCUCACAAUGUUACUUCCACAUCAUCCAACAUGAGUUUUAGGAUGACAACAGACUCCACUGUCCCACCCAGCCCCACGUCAGAGACGGUGCUCACUGUGGCUGCAUUUGGUGUCAUCAGCUUCAUUGCCAUCCUAGUGGUUGUGGUGAUCGUCCUGGUCAGUGUGGUCAGUCUAAGGUUUAAGUGUCAGAAGAACAAGGAGUCUGAAGAUCCUCAGAAACCUGGGAGUUCAGGGCUCUCUGAAAGCGGUUCCACAGCCAAUGGAGAGAAAGAGAGCAUCACUCUUAUCUCGAUGAAGAACAUCAACAUGAAUAACAGCAAAGGAUGCCCCUCAGCAGAGAAGGUUCUUUAA